AUGAAGGUGGCAGUUCUGUGUUUGUGCCUUAUCAGCAUCACCACAGCAUGGCCAGUGAGAAAAUUCAAGCAGCAUGCCACUUCUGCCAGCUCCGAAGAGAAAUAUGACUCCAGGGGCCAUAAGUUGCACAGAUACCACCACGACCAUGUGAAUUCUCAGUCUUGGGAGAGUCAGCAGCACUCACAGGAUGACCUGGCGUCACCUCAGCAGACUCUCUACUCUUCAGAAGAAAGCGUGGAUGACCCAGCACAACCACAAUUCCCUGAUGUGUCAAGCAAGAGCCAUGAAGAUGUGGAUGAUGACAACGACGAUGAUAAUGAUUCCAAUGACACAGAUGAAUCCGAUGAGGUUGUCACAGGUUUUCCCACAGACAUCCCAGUCACUGUACCUUUCACCCGGGGAGACAAUGCUGGCAGAGGUGACAGUGUGGCCUACAGGUUGAAGGCAAAAGCUGCACUGGUGAAGGCUAUCAAACUCCACAAGGCUGCAAAAAAGCUCAUGUAUGAUGCCACUGAGGAAGAUGAGAGUGACCUGGAUGCAGACAGCCAGCAAACAGGGCUCUCCCAGGAGGAUUCUGCCUCCCACAGCUCCCUGGGGAAACAUGCCAGCAGUAUGGAAUGGUCUGACAAGAGCCACGGGCAGGACAGCAGCGACCUGGACAGCAACCAGCGUGACCAGAGCCUGGAAAACGACAGCAGGCAGAAAUUCGAGAGCCAUGAGGCAGACAGUGCUGACAGCAAGUCUGGUGUCCGAGGGGAUAGUCACCCCAGUGUGGAAAGCAGGGAGAGCCAGGACCAGGCUUCGUCUGAGAUCUCUGAUGAUACCAGCAACCAAACACUGGAGAGCGCUGAGGAUUCCCAGGAUCGUCACAGCCUUGAAAACAACGAAGUCACCCUUUAA